AGACAUUUCUCAAUAGUUAUUUAGGCUGAAGAGCGAAUGUAGUUUUUUUUUUUGUAUAAGUUAAAAAUACAUAUCCAACACAUUAUUUCGUCAAAAUUCAGAUACGUUUUAAUUUUUAACUUUCCAGUUAAACUGUGUUAUAAGUCAAGCAUCAUAAUUAUGUUCAUGUUUUAAGAUCGGUGAGCACAAUGACAAUUUUAGUUUAAAUAAAUAAUGCAGCAAAUAGUUACUACUGGUAGACUGAUUUCCCGUGCUCUAUGGAAUGGCUUCACUAAUUUGGCACCUUCAAAUUCUGAACACGUAAAUAAGAAACGUGAGCCUUCAUUCCUUUACGCUGUAUGUGGUUUUCCUAAAGAAUCUUCACGUAAACAUCCUCCGGUUAAAGGAAAAUUUGGAGAUGAUGCUUGGUUUUCUGCUAAAGGAAAAGCAAUUGAUGUACUAGGUGUAGCUGAUGGUGUUGGCGGUUGGCGCCACUAUGGCAUUGAUCCAGGCGAAUUUUCAAGUUUUCUCAUGACAACAUGUGAGAGACUUGUAUCUUUGGGAAAAGUUAAGCCAAAUGAACCAAAUAAAUUAUUAGCUCAAAGUUAUUACGAGUUACUUGAAAAUAAACAACCAAUUUUAGGAAGUAGUACAGCGUGUGUAGUGGUGCUAAACAAAGAGACCUCCAGUAUAUAUACAGCCAAUAUUGGUGAUAGCGGUUUUAUGGUAGUUCGUGGCGGACACGUUGUCCAUCGUUCUGAAGAACAACAGCACUAUUUUAAUACUCCCUAUCAAUUAUCAGUUCCACCUCCUGCUCACAAUGGUCAAGUAUUAAGUGACAGCCCAGACUCGGCUGAUACUUCAGAUUUUGCUGUUGAGAAUGGAGAUGUCAUUCUUUUAGCCACCGACGGAGUUUUUGAUAAUGUUCCUGACCAUUUGUUAUUAAAAGAAUUAAGUCAAGUUGAAGGCGUUCGUGAUCCUACAAAAUUGCAAUGUGCUGCUAACACAAUUGCAUGGAUGGCUAGAAUAUUAGCCUUUGAUAGAUCUUUCUUAUCACCAUUUGCACUUUCUGCUCAAGCUAACGGAAUCAAUACUGUCGGUGGAAAACCUGAUGACAUAACUGUGCUUCUAGCAACCAUUGCCAUGUGAAUGAAUAUGGAAAAAUACUAAAAAUAGAUUGAAAUUAAACUUGUUAGGGAUCAUCUAGCUUAUGUUUAAAAUUAAACCAUAAUUAUAUAAUAUACAUACUGUCAAUGAAUAAUGUUAUAGUGUAAAAAGUAUUUAGAAUCUAUUGAUUUAACAACAUGAACAAGUGUGUUGCUUAUUCUAUUGUUUUAGCAUUUUUGUUAUGCAUAAACAAUUUUUUUAUUUAAAAAAAAACGCUGUUUAUCAGAUUAUAUGUAAAUAUGAUUGUAUAUAUACAUAAUAUAAAUUGAAAUAAAAAUGAGUUUUUAUAAA